AUUCACUCUUUGAACACUCAACAAUACUUGUUAUCAUUUUUGUAUUGGCCAAUAAUACAAAAAAAAAAACCAUCUAAGAUUUGAUCAACAACCUGUCAUCUACAAAAACGUUUUAUCCUUCACUUUUUAGUGUUAAUCUGAUACAUCCUCAUUUAUUUAUUGUAUCUAUCCUUGUUUAUUCAUGUCCAUUACUAUAGAAUCUUUUGGGGCAAACGGCACUACGAUGCAACUCGAUACCGAUCACAGUUCAUCCUGGCUGGCAAAUAUAUUCCAACCCUAUGUUAUGCCUUUUACUGGUGAUGGCAAUGAUGAACUUGUAGACGAUCAUCUUGAUUGGCGUUUCCUUGGAGUUUGUAGUUUGAAAUCCAAAACUUAUGGUCUUAUGGACGUAGCUUUCUUUCAAAUAUCAAGUAAUAGUGAAGAUAAGACACGGAUGGGGACAAUGAUUGUGGAUGAUUCCUUUACACCAACACCGUCAACAACAAACCCACUGAUAUCUUGUAUAGCAACAGGAGAUACCACUUCUAGUUCACCCAACAAUAGUGAUACAACCGAAUCCAAUCAUUCUGAUGAAUAUCCAAGAAGCAACAAUUGUAAACGCAUUAUUGUCAUGUCAUCCGACACUCAAGCUAUCAAGUUCUCCAGUCAUCAAGCAUAUUAUAUAUUCCCUUCUGAUGCUAUUGUUGAAACAGUGAAUGAUAGUGCACCUUAUGAAGUAUUUUGUUCAUUCCAUGUCAUGGUCCCUAAUCAACAACGACAACUCGGAUAUGUCAUCGAUCCUUCUGACCAUGUCAGCAAUAACAUGUCGCCUUUGGAUAACCAACGGUGUUACACAAACAGCCCGUCAUCAUCUUUAUUAUUGGAAACAAUGCCUGAUAUUAAAAUGGAACAAACUACUAGCUCGGUUACAAUAGAUGGUUCUUUGAUCAUUCAUUUAUCGAUAUCUGGCCUAUCAAAAGAACUCUAUUCAAAUAUCAAAGAAACAGUUGCUGGCUUUGAAACAACCUAUGGAAAAAUGAUACAAUUGAUGAAACUUCAUACAGAGGGUGUUUCUCAUCGUCAAGCUGAACUACAGAUAUUGGAUGGAAAUCAUGCAUCUCGAACAAAGAAAGUAACCUCGGACUUGAAAACAACGAAAAAUAAACGAAAAGGUAAACUGAUUUCCUCUUGGAUAAACGAAUUCACCAAUUUUUUUUUCUUUAUCUAGGAUCACAAUCGCAAAGGCAAACAUCUCCUCGAGCUACUACCUCCAGUAUCACCAACAUUACUACUGCUACUACUCCCAUUGAUUCUACUUUAUCCAACAAAGUUAAACUUGCCAAUGGGAAUAUGGACACUAUGAAUCCUCCUUCGAUUUCACCAAAACAAGCUUCCAUCUCUUCUCCUUCGUCUUCUCGUACUUCAACUCUGACAACUUUAACAAACUCCACAACAGCAUCAGUGACAACAACAUCAUCAUCCACUACUCAUCGCAAUAAUACAUCCAAUGGAAAUGGAAGGAAGUGCUCAUACUGUGGAUCAAAAACAACCCCUAUGUGGCGCCGUGGCCCCGAAGGUGCUGGUACACUUUGCAACGCCUGUGGUGUCAAAUGGAAACAUGGGAAAAUAUUGUGUGGAAAAACUUCUUCGUCAGCGUCUGGGCCAACAUCAGCUCCAGCAUCAAUGAAAU